AUGUUUGGCCGGUCUCCGCCUUGGAAAUAUUCCCUUUCUCUGGGAUCAGCAGCUUGGGUCCAUUCGUUCCUAUUGGCUGCUGCGGGUGCCUGGAACUUGGUAUUGUUUUUGGGUGUAUUUCCUCUGAAGAGAAGUUUAACGGAGGCAGCGGUGAUGGCUUACUCCAAGCGGAGUCUGUCUGUUGCCACUGCUCUACGUUCGGGCUUUUUGACACUUGCAAUUACGUUUUUGCUUAUAAGUCUCUUGACAGACAUCGCUUUGUGCUGCAGAUCAAAGCGAGCGGCUUACGCCUUGGCUUGGCUGAAUAUUUUUGCCUCCUUCCUGGGAUUGCUGCUGCUUAUGUACCUGUGGACGGCCUUUGGAAUUCUGCUGCUAUCUACAAACGCAACAGUGGGCGAGCUGGUCGUGUGGGGGAACCUUGAUUUGUUGUACGUGAUUCUGACAGCAGUUCCCAUGACGAAGGUGUAUGCCUCUCUAGGCAACGUAUUUGCUGCGGGAGGCACGGGGUUUGAGGGUUUAGGGUUUGAAGAGGUGGCAGAGGCGAGAGAUAAAAAAGCAGCAGAUAUCAAAGAAGGGAGAACCUUGAAAAUGGGAGCACUAGGAACAUGGCGAGUGGGUCUCUCCCUUGAGCACAGCGCAGUGCUGUUCAGUCUGUUUUGUUUUGCAGUUGCAAUUCUCGACUUAAGUAUUUUUUGGGUGAAGAUAUCGGACGAUCCACUGAGUAAAAUGAACACCAUAGGAAUUAUGUUUCUUGUUGAAGGCAUCUUGAUGUUUGCAACGGCAAUUAGUGCCUUGGCAGGCAGCGCUGCUGCUGCUCCUUUCUUCACCCUUAUCGCCUCCAUCUUUACGCUGUUGGCGUUGCCUCUUAGUCUCACUUUAGUCAUCAUGCUGUGCAAAAGAUUGUUUUAUGACUUGAAAAAUAUACCACGAGCGCUCCUCCUCAACAACUACGCUGCGCUGCAUGCUCUGGGGGCUCAAACAGUUCUUGUUCUGGGGGCCCUCUUUGCCUUCGCCGCUCUCUACAGCCUCUUCUGCAAACAAACAUCAGAAGCCCAACUCUCAGAAUCAGGAGAGAAAAGCGAACACGUGCAGCGGAUCGACUUGGAAGCAGAGCGACAAAAACUACUCCCCGAACCGGAGACACUCAACCCUUGA